UUUUUGUGUCGAGUUGUUCUGGGCCAGUGUUACUUGCUCAUGUGUCCUGUCUUUCCAUUAGGACUUAUAUCAUCCUGGUCCCAUGUAGUUGCUCAACUAGGGCUAGGGGAAGUGUCCUCUGUUCUUCACAGGAUAUUCAUGACUCCAGCCUCAGCAAGAUGGGAUUAGAGAGGGCCUGAUCCAGAUGAAUGGCACUUGGGAAAAGACAUGUCAUCAGGUCUGUCUUUAAAUUGCACCAGGAACCUGUCCUGUUUGACUUGUUUUGAUGCCAUUGCCAGAAACACCUCAAUUCGACCUUUUCGUAUUUCCACCACUUGUCAUUUUUAUUUUGACUUCUAGCUAGGGCUAAUCCACACUUCUCUGGACUCUUUAUCCCACCUGUUCUUCACAGUGUUCCUUCUGUAGUGUUCUCUAAUAUUAUUGGGUCCUGAAGUGUGCACAUCUCCCUUAAUAGUCCCUGAACACCACUUACUAUUCCAGUGAGAUUUUCCUGGGCCUGGACAUAUACUUCACAGCAUCACUUGUCACCAGCAGAUAUGAUCUCACUAAAAGCUAUUAUCAGAGGAAUUCAUUGUACAACACGCCUCUUAAUUCUGGGCUGUACCUUAUCCUUGUGCACUGUACCUGGUAGGGCCUACCCUACCCUAUUCAGUGACCUUAGGGAUCAGUCAUGCACAACAGCUGCUUCCUCAACCUGACCCCUAACUUACUUUUCCUGAAAAUAGGCCCAUGUUACUGGUUCUUUGCUGUGAUUGAUAUGUAUUUGCGAUUGCAUUGCCUCCUCCUAAUAAAGGUAACAUGUACUUCACCAUGACCUCUUUACUUUUAGGUUAUUGGCGUGGAUUGGAGCAUGAGGAAGCACCUUCCUCAUCAGUGGGUACAGACAUUCUACAGAGAAUUUCUGUAAAAGGAGUGCCACAGUUCAGAACUUCAGAAGGUUCAUCUUCUCAGAAUGCCUACUCCUGUGAGAUAUGUGGCUUGGUCUUGAGAGAUAUUUUGCACUUGGCUGAACACCAAGGAACAAAUUGUAGGCAGAAACUACACACAUGUGGAGAACAAUUCUACAUCAGUGCAAAUCUUCAGCAGCACCAGAGGCAGCACAUUAAAGAAGCACCUUUCAGAAGUUAUGUGGACACAGCCUCAUUUACAAAGAGCUGCACAGUCCAUGUGUCAGAGAAGCCCUUCACCUGCAGGGAGAUUGAGAAAGGCUUCCUGGCCAACAUGAGGUUUCUCCAUCAAGAGGCUGCUCAAACAGUGGAGAAGCCAAAUAACAUUAACAAGUGUGGGGUGGCCUUUUACAGUGGAAAAAGUCAUCACAACUGGAGAAAAUGCAAUAAAGCCUUUAGCCACACAGACACACUUGUUCAGGACCAGAGAAUCCUCACUAGAGAAGGGCUUUUUGAGUGCAACAAAUGUGGGAAAGCAUGUACACGAAGAUGUAACCUUAUUCAGCACCAGAAAGUCCACAGUGAAGAAAGGCCUUAUGAAUGCAAUGAAUGUGGAAAAUUCUUUACCUACUACUCCAGUUUCAUUAUACAUCAGAGAGUUCACACAGGAGAAAGGCCUUUUGAGUGCCCUGAAUGUGGGAAAUCCUUUAGUCAGAUCUAUAGCCUCAAUAGCCAUAGGAAAGUUCACACUGGAGAAAGGCCUUAUGAAUGUGGGGAAUGUGGGAAAUCUUUUAGCCAAAGGUCUAACCUCAUGCAGCAUCGCAGAGUUCACACUGGUGAAAGGCCUUAUGAAUGCAGCGAAUGUGGGAAAUCUUUUAGCCAAAACUUUAGCCUCAUUUACCACCAGAGAGUUCACACUGGAGAAAGGCCUCAUGAGUGCAAUGAAUGUGGAAAAUCCUUUAGUCGAAGCUCCAGCCUCAUUCACCACCGGAGACUUCACACUGGAGAAAGACCCUAUGAAUGCAGUAAAUGUGGGAAAUCAUUUAAGCAAAGCUCCAGCUUCAGUUCACAUCGGAAAGUCCACACAGGGGAAAGGCCUUAUGUGUGUGGGGAAUGUGGGAAAUCCUUUAGCCAUAGUUCCAACCUUAAGAACCACCAGAGAGUUCACACUGGAGAAAGGCCUGUCGAGUGCAGUGAAUGUAGCAAAUCCUUUAGCUGUAAAUCUAACCUCAUUAAACACCUGAGAGUUCACACUGGAGAAAGGCCUUAUGAGUGCAGUGAAUGUGGGAAAUCCUUUAGCCAAAGUUCUAGCCUCAUUCAACACCGGAGAGUACACACUGGAAAAAGGCCUUAUCAGUGCAGUGAAUGUGGGAAAUCCUUUGGUUGCAAAUCUGUUCUCAUUCAACACCAGAGAGUUCACACUGGAGAAACGCCUUAGCUGUACUGAGAAUAUGCAGUUUUCUUUUAGUGUAAUUAUACUGGAGGAGUACACCUAUUUUUUGACGGAAACAUGUACCUGAAUUGGAAGCCCCAACAUCUGAAGAUACACAGUGGGCAGAUUCCCCUUAAGUUCCAGGUAGGUGUUACACUUUCUAACGUGCCAUUUAGAAAGUGUUACACUUUCUCACCUGCCAUUUAUGGCUUCUGCCAUUUAUGUCACUGACAGUUUCUGAGACAGAAGCCACAUCAUGUCUGCUACCUAUGAGGUCCACAAAGUGUGCAUCACUUAUCACCUUAACCUACUCAAAAAAGCAGAAUUCUAUUUCUCCCCAUUUGCUAGAAGAAAUCAUGAAUAGUCUUGUCUUCCUAUCUGAGAAUUUAGAAUAACUUGACUCAGCUUUGUGCCAGAGAACCCAAUAUGAGUGUUGUUGGCAACUUGCCAAGAAGGACUAUCUUUUUUAGGACAUGUUGGUUUCAUGUGAUACCUCCAUGUUUUUUUUUUUUUUUUCCAGCCUCUAAGUCACCAACUUGGGAACUGCUUACGUCACCUUGCUUUGUUUUUUACAAUAAUAAAGGCAUUAUUAUUUAAGCUA